UUUUUUUUCCUUAUUUUACUCGCCGGAGCGCGCUGUGCGAGGCUCCAAUGUGUGUGACGUAAGAAGUGACGCAUUGGCUAGCUUGAUCCAGUUCUUUUUUUUUGGGUUGCCAUAAUUAUCUGCCAUCUGAUAUAUCUUUGUACUUCAAUAUCUGAACCAAGUAAUCUAGUUUAGUACUAGAUUGAUUCCAGUUCCACAAUCUUUGGAGAUCAUCAUGUCAAGUUCUCAGUGCUUUGAGAAUCCACCAAACUUCAGCUCCUCAACAUCUGGAUUGGGAUCUGUCCGACAACUUGGGGGCCUCAAAACAUACAUCACCGGUCCUCAUGAUUCCAACCGGGCAAUCCUUCUUGUCUCCGAUGUUUUUGGAUAUGAAGCUCCAAAAUUAAGGAAACUUGCGGAUAAAGUCGCGGAAGCUGGUCAGUUUUUGGUUGUAGUUCCUGAUUUUUUCUACGGCGAUCCUCUCGAUCUUGGUAACCCUCAAAUCGAUCGCAAUUCGUGGUCAAAAGCUCAUCCCAAGGAUAAAGGGUAUGAAGAUGCUAAACAAGUGGUUGCUUCUUUAAAGAGUAAGGGUGUUUCUGCCGUAGGAGCUGCGGGUUUUUGCUGGGGAGGGUGCGUUGUGGUGAAAUUAGCGAGUUCUACCGACAUUCAAGCUGCGGUUGUGCUGCAUCCUGGCUGGCUGACAGAUGAAGAGAUUAAUGAAGUAAAAGUUCACAUUGCGAUAUUGGGAGCUGAGAUUGACAAUGCUACACCGCCAGAGCAAGUGAAACAUUUUGGAGAGAUUUUAUCGGCUAAAUCCGAGUUUGAUAGCUCUGUGAAGAUAUUCCAAGGGGUGGCUCAUGGUUGGACUGUUAGGUACAAUGAUGAAGAGCAAGCAGCUGUCAAGAGUGCUGAAGAGGCUCAUUUGGACAUGUUAAAUUGGUUUAAGAAAUAUGUCAAGUGAAGUUCUGUAGCCCUAUGGUCUCAAUAGAUUUUCAAGUGGUCAUUGAGUCGGGGACGUGAGGACACCGCUGAUCCAUUUUUGGGGACGUGAGGACACCAUUGAUCCAUUUCCUAUGUUGUGUACAAUUGUCACAAUAUUAGCCAUACCAGAAUAAGUUAUUGAAAUGAUAUGUAAAGCAUUUCUGUAGCUUUCCAUGCUAGUCUUGACAAUUAUUCUUCUUUAAAGAAAUCUGAAUGAUAAGCAGCAAUGUAAUCGCUAAUUCAAUCCAGUACAAAAAGAAAGCAACUGAAUAGGAAAUAUCUUUUAAACAAAUAAAAUAAAACUGAA